AUGGUCUUCUUUUUCACUUCUAACGUCGUCGACCCCCCGGCGUACAUCUACGUCGGGAAGGAUAAAGUCGAAAACGAAGAACUCAUCAAACACGGCUGGGAUGAAGAUGUCUGGUUUCACGCCGAUAAACUCUCAUCCGCACAUAUCUACCUCCGUCUCAGCGAGGGCAACAAAAAGGAUAACGUCGCCAUAAUCUACACGCCAUGGAGCAACCUAAGAAAAGACGGCAGCAUGGCCGUCGGUCAAGUCUCCUUCAAAGACCCCAAAAAAGUCAAAAGAAUCACCGUCGUUCAACGACAAAACCCCAUCGUCAACCGUCUCAACAAAACUAAACGGGAGGAAUACCCAGAUCUGUACCAACAGAAGGAAGACCACCUGAGAGAGAUCAAGAAGAGGGAACGGAUUGCUCAGCAGAACAGGAAAAAGCAAGAAAAGCAAGUAGAACUGGAACGACAGGAUAUCAAGUUCCAGAAGGAUCAUGCCUACGAUGCAUGGAACGAUGACAGCGCUGUGGCUGGCAGUAGUAACCAGCACGGCCAGAGCUACGAGGAUUUUGAGGACGAUUUUAUGUAA